AUGUGCGACCUGGAUGGCGAACUGUUCGUCAAGCCGUGCCACCAGCAGGAGAUAGACUUCUACGAGUCGGCCGAGAACGAGCACCCCGACUUUUACAGGUGGAUGCCCCAGCACUUUGGCACGCUGCACCUCAACGCCGCCACCGACAUCGCCGACCUUAACAAGCAGCUCGGCCCGGUGGCCGGGCUGAUGACGGAACACAUGAAGGAGGAGGUCGUCGAGUUCGCCCACACGUCGCACGUUACGGACUCGCCCGCCAGCGGGACCCCUGCCGCUUCGACCCCUGCGACCUCAACCUCGACCCCCGCCCCCGCGACCCCGGCUGAGCCCGCGGGCGACCCGAAGCAGCAGCAGCAGCAGGCGUCGCAGCCCGUCAGCAUCUCGUCGCCGUGGGCGCCGGGCCGCAACACCAAGCUCAAGACGGAGACGUCCAUCGUGCUGGACAACGCGGCGUACGGCUUCAGCGCGCCCAACAUCAUGGACUGCAAGCUCGGCACGCGGCUGUGGGCCGACGACGCGCCGGCCGAGAAGAAGAAGCGGUUCGACGCCAUCGCGGCCGACACGACGCACCGCUCGCACGGCUUCCGCGUCGCGGGCAUGCGCGCCUACAAAGGCUCGGCGGACCCGGCCGAGCUCGACGCCGAGGACUACCGCAAGUACGACAAGGACUGGGGCCGCUUCACCGUCACGGCCGCCAACAUCGUCGAGUCGAUGCGGCGCUUCGUCUUCAACCCGAGCGCGGGCGUGGCCGACGAGGACGCGAGGUUCGUGUGCGACCUGUUCCUCGAGGACCUCAAGGAGGUGGAGCGCAUGCUGUCGCGCGAGGAGAGCCGCAUGUACUCGGCCAGCCUGCUGUUUGUGGCCGAGGGCGACGGCGAGGCCCUGGCGCUGGCCAUCCGCGAGGCCAAGGCUGCCGCGGCGGUGGCGUCUGCUGCCGCGGCCGCGGCCGAGGAGCGGGAGAACGGCGGCCGGCUUAGAAAGGCGGCCAAGACGUCCGAGGCGCAAAAGACACCCAACUUCUCGAGCAACCGCGUUGAUAGUGGCAUCGGCAUGGGCGAAGACGACGUCGAGGUGUACACCGAGGGCGCCGUCGUGUCGGUGGACGAGCUGCUGGCGGGAGGCGGCGGCGACUCUGACGACUCUGGCGACGCAGAUUCCGACGACGACGGCGACGGCAAGAGGCCCAAGGAGCGCAAGAUCUAUAGCCUCCGCCUCAUCGACUUUGCGCACGCCGAGUGGGUGCCAGGCCAGGGCCCGGACGAGAACGUGCUCUUUGGCGUCCGGAGCUUGAUCGACAUCUUCAGGCAGAUGAGCCAGAGCCCGGCCAAGGCGACCUCGUAG